GGAGGAGCUUUGUCAGGUCUUGGCAGAAAGAUAUAACACGUUCGCAUCAUUCUAUCCUUCCUUCUGCUUCAAAAAUAAAUUGAUACUACGGCUUUGCCUUGGAAGGAGAGUGGAAGCAAAUCCUUUAUGUACUCCCUGUACUAGCCGUUAAAACAAAUUCCCGCUUUCUGUGGAGGCGGGCCUUCUAUUUGCUUCCAGGACCUUCAGUCGCGAGGUUUGAAGACAACCGGCGCCGCGCGGGAGAGAGGAGGCCCAAGAUGGCGAAGCACCACCCGGACCUCAUCUUCUGCCGCAAGCAGGCCGGAGUAGCUAUUGGACGAUUAUGUGAAAAAUGUGAUGGCAAGUGUGUUAUUUGUGACUCGUAUGUGCGGCCCUGCACAUUGGUGCGUAUAUGCGAUGAGUGCAACUAUGGCUCUUAUCAAGGACGCUGUGUGAUCUGUGGAGGUCCAGGAGUCUCAGACGCCUAUUACUGUAAAGAAUGCACUAUCCAGGAAAAAGAUCGGGAUGGCUGUCCUAAAAUUGUCAACCUAGGCAGUUCAAAAACAGAUCUCUUCUAUGAGCGAAAGAAAUAUGGCUUCAAGAAAAGGUGAUCCCCUCCAUCCACUACAGCGCACCUGCAGAAGACGAGGAGAGUAUCUACAAUAUUUUUGGAUUACAGUUUUCCAGGAAACCAGUUAGCUUUUUUGUUUUGUUUUCAAUCUUUACAAUUUAUAGAAAAAAACUAUCUAAACUAAAUAUGGAAAUUACUUCAUCAGUAGUUAAUGUUAAUGAGGGAUGUCAGCAUUGCCUUUAUAUCUGCGACAGAAGAAAGUAGUUAAGAUUUCAGCCCCUAUUAUUUCCAGUCCAUACUGUCUUAAACAAGCAACAUGAAUUUCUUUUGAUUAAUGCCUUUCAUUGAGUUAUGACCAAUCUUGUAUUUUCCCUGAAAAAAUAACCUGUUGAAAUUCUAUAUCUUUGAGGACUGCAUCAAUAAAAUUGUUUAGUGUUUUCUACCUUAA